AUGGACUUCUCCCGAAUAUUCCUUCUCUCUUUUGUCUUUCUCCUUAUCUCUGUCAAAUUCUUGUUCACAAAAUUAAGCCGGAAACCUAAUCUUCCUCCUUCUCCGGCUUACUCUUUACCGGUAAUCGGUCAUCUCCACCUCCUCAAGCAACCGCUCCACCGAACACUCUUGUCACUCUCUCAAUCCCUCGGAAACGCUCCGAUCUUCCACCUCCGCUUCGGAAACCGCCUCGUUUACGUCAUCUCCUCGCAUUCCAUAGCCGAAGAAUGCUUCACCACAAACGACGUCGUUCUUGCGAACCGUCCCUACAUGAUCAUGGGCGAACACGUCGGCUACGACUCCACCAAUAUGAUUUCAUCAUCUUACGGCGACCACUGGAGGAAUCUUCGCCGUAUCGCCGCCGUCGAGAUAUUCUCGUCUCAUAGGAUCAGUACCUUUAUGUCCAUCCGCAAAGACGAGAUCCGACGGCUCAUAACACACCUCUCCAAAAACUCCUUACACGGAUUUGCUGAAGUGGAGAUGAAAUCAUUAUUAGCCAACUUGGCAUUCAACAACAUCAUUAUGAUGAUAGCCGGAAAGCGAUAUUACGGUGGCGACGUCACAGAAGACAACAACGAAGCCAAACUCAUGAGGAAACUUAUAUCGGAGGCGGUGGCCGGAGCCAGUGCUGGAAAUUUGGCCGACUAUCUUCCAAUCGUACGAUGGUCCACAAAUUUUGAGAAACAGGCCAAAAUUUUGGGUAAGCGAUUUGAUGGAUUCUUGCAAAGACUGGUGGAUGAGAAACGUGCAGAGAAAGAAAAAGGUCAAACUUUGAUUAAUCACUUGCUCUCUCUCCAAGAAACACAACCUGAUUAUUAUACUGAUGUCCUCAUCAAAGGAAUCAUAAUCGCUCUGGUAGUAGCAGGGACAGACACGUCAGGAGUGACGUUAGAAUGGGCAAUGUCGAAUGUGUUGAACCAUCCUGAAAUACUUAAGAAAGCAAGAGCCGAGAUCGAUGAAAAAGUCGGUUUAGACCGGUUAAUGGACGAAUCAGACAUUGUAAAUCUUCCUUAUCUCCAAAACAUCGUGUCUGAAACACUACGUUUGUAUCCUGCGGUUCCACUAUUACUCCCUCACUUCUCAUCAGGUGACUGUAAAGUGGCGGGAUAUGAUAUGCCACGUGACACGAUGUUGUUAACCAAUGCAUGGGCUAUGCAUAGAGAUCCAAGUUUAUGGGAAGAGCCAGAGACGUUCAAGCCGGAGAGAUUCGAGAAAGAAGGAGAGGCUCAAAAGCUAAUGCCGUUUGGGAAGGGACGACGAGCUUGUCCUGGAGCCGAGCUUGGGAAGCGGUUAGUGACCUUGGCUCUUGGGUGCUUGAUUCAGUGCUUCGAGUGGGAGAGAGUUGGUGAAGAACUUGUAGAUAUGGUUGAAGACAAAGGGCUCACUAUGCCUAAAGCUAUCCCGUUGCGAGCCAUGUGCAAAGCACGGGCUGUUGUCGGUAAAGUGGUAUAA